CCCUCUCUCUUCCCACCCCAAUAAUUUCCCUCCCUCGCCUUAUCUGACACGACCCAAAAAAAGAUCGCGUCGCCGUCUUCUCCCCCAUCUCUCCCUCUCUCACUCUCUCGCGUCUAGUCCCGCGCCUCCAUCCUGACCGCCCAGACGGCUCCAUCCCCGGCAUCCCUCUUUUUUCUUCCCUUCCCCCUCGUAUUUGGAAACCCGAUCUGACCGUCUGCCGCGCCGCCGUCCUCGCUCACGGCCACCCGCCCACCCACGCGCGCCCAAGCUGAGCCAGCCCUCACACUUACACUCACCCUCGCCCUCGCACUCGCGCUCGCUCACCUGCUCGUCCGCUCUCUGCACGCACGCGCUCUCGCUCUCCUCUGGUCCCACCGACCUCUCGCCUGCGCCUCUUUCUUGGCCCUCCUCUUCCUUUCCUCUUCUUUCCUGCUCUCCUCUCUCUCCCUCCCUCCCCCUCGCAGGCUUUCCCUUUCUCUUCACCUUCCAUCCGGUGAUCCAAACGCAUCCAGACCGGCUCUCCCCUUUCCCGUAGAGCAUGUCCCUGCGCAACUUCUUAAGUGGCAGCAAACGGAAAUCCAGCAACCAGACGCCCAGCUCGCUCGUCUCCAAACCCUCUCCUUCGCCCCAGCUCAACACCUCCAGCGUCUCCUCCGCCUCGUCGCGCCCCAGCGUCCAGCCUGCAAACAGCUCCACCACCUCGCUGCCUCCCCCUCCUACCGCCGCCCAGCAGUCUUCUUCGGCCACAAGCCCCCAACCGCCCGCGGCGGCCAACCCUUCGCCCCCUAUGCAGAACCCGAACCAGCUUGGUCGGCCCCCGAGCUACAGCUAUGCACCUCCGGGCCAAGGAGCGCUGGCCGGCCAGCUAGGUGCGCCAGGCCACCCCGUCGCCGGUCGCCCUCACUCGCCCAUGCCGCCUCCCAUCAACACCGCAACACAGCCCGCAGCCUACCCGCCUCAGCAAAUCUAUGGCGCGGCGCCGCCAGGCUACCCACAGCCGGGCGCUCCCGGUCCCUACGGUUCUGCUUAUGCGCCUCAGCCUCCCGUUCCCCAAGGCCCCGCCAGCUACGGAGCCCACGCCGGACGCGCGAGCGAGAUGGAGGGCGGCAGCAGGAGCAAGGCCCAGCUGAUUGUGGGCAUCGACUUUGGAACGACAUUCUCGGGUGUUGCAUUUGCGUUUGCAACGAAUACAGAGGCCAAGGAGGAUAUAAUAACGGAGUGGCCCGGUGCAGGUAAUCAGACGAAGCAGAAGAUUCCAACCGUGCUAUACUACGACCAGUACCAGAAAGUGGUCGGAUGGGGUCCAGACAUCGCCGACGCGCUCGCUCCCACGGGCUACCCUAAACCCGGUGUGCAAAAGGUUGAAUGGUUCAAGUUGCAGCUCAUGCUGUCCGGCAACACGUACAUCGACCCCAUCAACUUGCCACCGUUGCCACCUGGCAAGUCGGAGAUCGACGUGGCCGCCGACUACUUGUUCCACCUGCGCUGCGCAAUGCGUAACCAGCUGCAAAAAACGCUCGGUGAGGUCUUUAAUCGCGAGGAGCGCAACAUCAGAUACUACCUGACCGUCCCUGCCAUCUGGAACGACUCGGCCAAGGCCGCCACGCGUGCAGCCGCCAUCCAGGCCGGCUUCUUGCGCGAUGAGAACGACAACCGCCUCACUCUGGUCACCGAACCCGAGGCCGCAGCUAUGUUCUGCUCCAAGGCUGGACUGCUCAACCUAAAGAUUCACGACGCGGUUCUGAUCGUCGAUUGCGGUGGCGGCACCGUCGAUCUGAUCGCGUACGAGGUCGAGGAGGAGCAGCCUUUCAGCGUGGCCGAGUGCACGGCCGGCUCCGGCGACUCGUGCGGCUCCACGGCGCUCAACCGCAACUUUUCAAACAUCCUGCGCGCCAAGAUUCGCAAGAUGAAGCUUCCCGAUGGCUCCAGAACGGCGGGCAAGGUCUACGCCAAGUGCAUCAUGGACUUCGAGAACCGAAUCAAGGCCGACUUCCGCAACAACGGCCAGAAGUGGGCCGUCGACGUCGGCAUCGAGGCUGAAUUUCCAGAGGCCGGCAUCGAGGAGGGCUACAUGACCUUCACGAACGAGGAGAUUCUGCAGUGUUUCGAGCCUGUGGUGAACAGGAUCCUGGAACUGGUUCGGAAUCAGAUCAUUGCCAUUCAAGCGCAGAAUCGGGGACUGCAGAACAUCCUCGUCGUCGGUGGCUUCGGCGCCUCUGAAUACCUCUUCCAGCAGAUUAAGCUGCACGUGCCGCCACAGUUCCAGUCCAAGGUCGUGCGUCCUAUGGACUCAGUCGCCGCUAUCGUCAAGGGCGCCGUCACGGCCGGCAUCACGGAGCGUAUUGUCACUCACCGUGUGGCCCGUAGACACUACCUCAUGGCAACGCUGCAGCCGUUCAAGGAGGGCCACCACCCAGAGCAGUACCGCGUCCCAAGCUUGGACGGCAAGGAUCGGUGCAAGUACACGCGCCAGAUCUUCGUGCAGAAGGGCCAGAGGGUAAAGAUUGGCGAGCCGGUCAAGGUCAGCUUCUUCAGACAGGUCGCUCCCGGCGCGACGCUCAUGUACGAGGACAUCUUGUAUGCUUGCGACGACGACGUGUGUCCGGAGUACACCAAAGAUCCAAGAAUCAAGGAAGUCGUCACGCUUACAUCCGAUCUCUCAAGAAAGAACUUAGAAAAGGACUUUGAAAGGAUGGACACGCCGCAGGGCACAUUUUACAGAGUGUACUUUGACAUCUACCUUACGCUCGAUGGUUCCGAGUUCAAUGCCGAGCUGGUCUGUCAGGGCGAAGUCAUGGGCCGUUGCACCGCGCGCUUCAGAUAAUAACUGCCUUCCCCCUCUCCUCUUCCCUUGAUAGCCCUCCUGAAACCACGUUGCAUCGCAGAUGUAAGGGUCUCGAAAUCCAAGCACGCUUGUUUUCUUUUUAUGUGGCUUGCAUACCAGAUGCUUGUACCUGCGCGUUGGACGGCCGGGUCGCACUUGUGGUGAUGCCCGAAGAGGCACACGCGGACAAAGAGGCGGUGGAGCGGAGCAAAGACGAAGAAACGUCAAAGACGGAAGCAAAGAUUCGGCUCUUAGGGUAGGCGGAUCAAGCUACAGUGCGGACUCCAAACCGGUUGUUUACUGGCUUUCAGAUAUUCAGACGCACAGAAGAUGAGCAGUAAUUGGAAGAGGCGCGAUGGACGGAUGAUGGGUGGAUGACGGACGAAUGAUACAACUGUUCGACAAGGCAGCUUGGUUUUUGUAGGCUUCGGGGCUAUUGGUCAACGGAGGGAAUCAACAAAAGGAAUUAGCAUGGAGGAUCAGGCCUGUUUUGACUUCUUAAUAGCGUGCGUAAAGACGGUCUCCCCAACCCCCCCACCCCUCUCCCCCUUAUUUCCUUUUCCAAUAAAGAAUUGAAUCCGACAUGAAUGGC